UUGAAUCACGUGAUUGAAGCCCCAUGGGUAAAUUGCGAUUUGGCACCUAGUACGACACCGCAUUCAUAGCAUCUACAUGAYAUCCAUUUGAAGGCAGUUAACUUUUAUUCGUAAAACACGAAUAACAUUGAAGAUCUUCCUCUUGUUCGACCUAGAUAAAACAAGCUUUAGUUUCCAAGUGUCUGAAGUCUUCGAUCUGCCGAAACACAUUUCCUACAUACGAGCUUGAUUCACCAAAACAGCAUCACUUUCAGGCUCUCCUAAAAAUUACUCCAAACGUCAUGAAAUAGUUUAUUCAUAAAGCCAUUUCCGUGUCUUGGUAUUUGGGGCAAUCGCAGUCAUUUAUCCAGUGUCUGGACCGUCGACUUCGUAAUUUGAGAAGACUCUUUUAUCUCAUUUUGAGCAUCUUUGGACAUCUUCGGGCUUCGAUGUUUCUGGAUCAUGAACUCCAGUAAGACCUCUUUUCGUGUUAAAGAACUCUAUUCUUGGCAGAAGUUGCAGUAAAAUUWAUCCCUGUAAUGGCAACAACAAGAGCUGCUGUUCUGAGAGAAAAUCGAGUAACUAGAAGGGAAUUUGCUUAUGCAAGAGACGAAAAUGUAAAGCCACGAUUAAAUGCGAGUAAUAAACAUGAGCGUUCAAAUGCCAUCCACAAGGACGAACAAGGAAAAYCCUAUUCAAAAUUGGCUGCUCUCCCGAAAAAGCAUUUACACUCUGAUUUGAACGCUGUCAAUGCAAGAAAAACAACUUCRACGSUAUCAUCGCAAGACAAGCAACCCGAGAAAACCACGAAGAAACUUGAAGUAAACCGAAAGAAUUCCGACCAAGAAUCCAAACGACUCAGUGUUAGUAAGCUGAAAAAUAUAUUUGAUUCGAUCGAGACUGAUGGACAACUAGUGUCUAAGCCUAAGCCACCGCUUAAGCCAAGACCAAAAUCUGCAGUAAAGAUCCCUAAAGAAUCUGAACCAACAAUAAAUAGAUGGUCUGUCCCAACUUAUGUCAACAACGCGUCUACACAGAACUAUAAGAUCUAUGUUACGGAAGGAAUCGCAGCCAAGAGGGCUAAGUUCGAGGACAGUUCGUCAGAGAGUCUUCCCAUUUCACUUAAAGAGAAAGGAUCUAGUCCUAAGCUAUCAGAUCUUGUCCCAGAACUUACGGGCGAUGGAAUGAGAUCGAGAACGCGAUCUGAUCCAGGAAUAAAGGCAUAUUACAAAUUUCAAAAACMCUCCAAGCAAAGGAGCUAUUCUGAUGUUGGGUCAGAUGAUGACCACAUGCACUUAUUCGAAAAAAGACAUUCUUUUGACGAUAUAUCUAUAGGAAAACCAAGGUCCUUCAAAAGGCUGUCAAAGUCAAGCAGUGUAGAUGUUUUAGAAGUGGGUGACAUUUCUCAGUCUUCUUCAGGUAGUGACAGGACAAUCAAGGAAGAACCACAACACAUAGACUACCAGGAAUCCAAUUCAUUAGAGUGCUCCCCAACWAUAGAGGACAUAAAUGGUGAUUCCACMAAAAAGGAAAGAAUUGAUUCAGGGAUCUCUUCAUCAGUUGAAAGCAGUGCUGAAAAUAGUGAGGAAAUGUUAAAACCCGAAGAAGAGGAUCAACCUUCCAUGAAAGUGUCCCAAGUGAAACCAUUUACAAACGACAGUARGGGGGRAARUCAUCWCUCUGCUAAUCAGCCUGAAAAACGAGUUAGAGAUGAAUCUCUAAUCUAUGGACGGCCAGGUGAAGUUCGACAGGCAACAUGGAAAGACGAAGAAGUUCCACCGGAAGAACCAGAAGAUAAAAGACCMGUCUACUUUGCUCCUGAAGUAAAGAAAGAGAAGAUAGAUGUCAAAACAGAUGUCAAUCACGUAGAAGAGAAUGAUGWUGCUAUGAUUUCAUCYGAUGAUGACAGUAAUGACAGCUUUGUGCAACACAGUUCUCCAGAGGCUGACACACAUAUACCUAAAGAGCCAUUUACAUUUGAUGAUAAGYCUCUUGUAUCUGCAUUUGCAAAGAAAGAAGCAAAAAAAUCUCGCAGAAAUGUUGUUUUUGUACAAGAUGAGCCAAAGAAAUGGUUCACUUACAGCGCAGAGGACUAUGUCAGAGGGAAUGAAGAAGUCGAUCCAGUCACAGCCUCGGCAGAAUGGGAAUUAGAAAAAAGAGUUGAGAAGAUGGAUGUUUUCUCUGUAGACCUAGAUAAAGAUGAUAGAGGUCUUGGAUUGAGUAUAAUUGGACUUGGAGUUGGUACAGAUACUGGUGUAGAAAAGCUUGGGAUAUUCAUCAAAUCACUGACUGAAGGGGGUGCAGCUGAAAAAGAUGGCAGAAUCUGUGUGAAUGAUCAAAUUAUUGAAGUUGAUGGAGUGAGUUUAGUUGGUGUAACUCAAAUCUUUGCUGCUCAAACUCUAAAAAAUACCAGUGGAACUGUCAGAUUUCUCAUGGGGCGAGAGAAGGGAAAGCAACCAACAACAAUAAAGCCUGCUAGCAGUUCUACCACCGAGCAAACAGCCAAGGAACUGCAAGAACUUAAGGUCAAACUAACUAAGACGGAGAUGAGAGCAGACAGGGCUGAGGCAAAAUUGAAAAAUAUGGAAGCAAAACUGGAGGCCUUGACAUCAUCAAAUACCAAUGAUACUAGUGAUUCAAGGACUGCAAAACUUAAAGAAUCAUUAGAAGAAGCAAAUGAAAAACUGAAAAGUGCAGAGACRGAGGUUGCCAUAGCUGAAGCUGAAAAUGCAGAUAUGCUUAAACAACUUGAAGAGAGCAAAGGCAUGUACCUAUUGCUGGAGAAAAGAUACAAUGCCUUAAAGAACAAGAACAGUGAAUAUGAAGAAAAGCUUGAAAGGCAAAAGAAAGCUUCAGAAUCUAAAAGUGAUUCAUUCGCUAUAGCUCUUCAAAAAAGAAUMAAAGAGCUUGAACAAGAAGUCAAGCAACUCAAGUCAUCRAAAACAGAUAGCAGUAAAUCAUCUUCUAAAAGAGGAGUUCCUUUGACAAAUGGCACCACUAGUAAACCACAAGAAAGAUAUUUCUCUCUAGAGGCCGAAAAGUUUGAAAGAAUGGCUGCAGCUCAAACAGAAGACAUAGCUCUUGAUCUUGACAUCAUUCCAAGUACAAAACCCCUUGACAAUGCUCUAAAUCUGGACAAAAAACGAGUUGCAGAAGCACAAAGCAAGGCACAUAAGCCGACCAGAGCAAGCUGGGGCUGUWMYUUGGAGGAUGACUUUGAUAUCUUCAAAAAUGGAGAACUUGAUUAUGACGAAGAGGAAGARGAGGAUAAGAAUCAAGACRUGAGUGAAACUACAAAAGUAGAACGUCCGAAGCAGUUUGGUCAGGCAUUUGCCCUUCCUGGGUUUCCAGCCGGUGGUUUUAAGCUAAAGCCGACAGGGAGAAGUCUAAUGGAUAAUUCACCAAGUGAACCCGAUGCAUCACCUCAGCAAGAAUUGAGGAGCAGCUAUCCACUAGCAGUCAAAGAGAAAUCACAGAAUGUUGUUGUCGAAAAUUUACUUGAGAAACAACUGAACAAAACAAACCAAAACAAAGUGGCAUCGUUACCGAGUGCCAUUGACCAGGAAGAAGGAAGAAUACCAAGAAGAAGCAAAGAUUCUGAUGAGUUCUUGGGGAGUUCUGGUAAUUCACUCGAYGAAAUAGGAGAAGCUGCUAGGAGGAUUGACUCAGACUUAGCAUCAUCACAAGCCUCAUCACGUGGCUCGUCACCAUUCCUCCCUCCUGCAAUGCCGCUGCUCAAGAUGAAAACUGUGCCUGUCUCAGAAUCUCAGUUUAAUGAGUCGGCAGUUGACGUUCCUCCAGAAAUGUCAACAGAUUCUGAUUCGGAAGCGAACAUUCCAAGUCCCGUGUCCUUCAGUCCAACUUCAGAUGCUCCAUCCAUUGGCAGUGGAUCUUCACGGUUGUCCAAUGCAUGGCUGUCGCGACCUGUUCAAGAGUGGGACGUACAACAAGUUGGUAUGUGGUUAACUGGACUCGAAUUAGAAGAAUAUGURAUUGAGUUUUCAAACAAAGACAUAGAUGGCAAGCAAUUGCUUAAUCUUGACACUUCAAAAAUGAAGUCCAUGGGUAUAAAUCAAAMCUCAAGAGCUAUUCUCAAAAAGCGCAUCAAGGAACUCAAAUCACAAACAGAAAGAGAAGGCAAAAUAAAGAAAMCUAAAGAACAAAGACCAGGCAAGAAAGAAACCAGUCCCACUCCUUUUCAAGACAAGUUUGAAAAACUUGGUUUCAUCAAGAAAGGAAAGUACACUGUCAACUAAGAAAUAAUAAUAUCCUUAAAAACUAGUGUACYAUUUCUKGUAAAGGUAUUCGCAGUGCCAAAACUAACCAACCAAAUAUUGUUCUCCAGUUUAUAUGUACUUAUUGACUUUGUGGGWGAAGCGGAGGGGAAAAUAUUUGGCYUCAGGUCACGUACCGUAAGCGCAARAUCCCUACAAGCGUCCAAGAGYCAAAUGUCUCCCGUCCGACCAAACCUGUCAAUAAACGYACACUUAGUCAAGAGUGAUGGGUAGUGUUUGGUCGUAUAACUUUUAGUCAUUUAGGCGCCGUUGAUUGAAUAUUUCUGAUAGUGUAACCACACAUCAUUUCCUAUCACUCUUUGCAAUGACAUUUGUUAAAACGAUGCAGAGACUUCAAGCGCUGAUAAGAUGCGCGUCGUCUGCUGUUGUUUUUGCUGUUCUCCCUGUAACUCAGUCAUUCCAGGGGUAGCAGCGUGAAAACGAAAAACCAGUUUUGACAACCUGUUUGUGACGUCAAAAGCCGUUGUGGUUGUCCCGYAAAUCUUAGGUGUUUAGUCAAUUGUACGCUAUGAAUGGUUUUCAUAAACCUGUGAAACAAAAUGUAAUGAUGUUUGAUACACCAAAAAGACCAGGAAAACACUGACAUAAAGUUCAGUUUGCUAAAGUAUAUUUCAUGGGUUUAUAAAAAUCUCCCUAAACGCCGUUUGUGUUUGUAAACAAAUGUAACAAUGUGUAUAUAGUCUUUUUGUUAUUUUAGAGCUCAAGGGAAUAUUUCCGUAUUUUGUACCAUACUUGUUCUGGGCCAUAACUAUUCGCUGCCUUUUUUCGUAAUUCCACAAUAUUGUACAAAAAAAUUCSCCAUGGUAAGAAAUCUACGCAGCUGGUUUUGCAGCAACUACUUUAACAUAAUUAGUAUUUCGGACCAUUAGCAAAUUGUUAAUAAUAAUAAUAAUAAUAAUGAUAAUGAAAUAUUAAAAUUAUGCAUAAGAGCCAGUCAUAACAAACCCUAAAGGCCUUUUGUAACUUGAUCCUCUGGAAAACCAUUAUGGCUACAAUAUUGAAAGCUUGAAGGAGAAAGGUGCCUUAACAUUCGGCAUCGACUGCAGACCUCUGAAGCUUUUACGUCAUGUACUGUAUACACAAUGAAUUGUAGACCUAUUGUAGGAUAUGUUUGGAACAGAAAAAUGACGGAUUUCUUUUGUUUUCUUUAAAAAAUAWACGUWAAAGGUUCAGAAGUCUAUUCUUUGUCCUGACAUAGAGUAGCAAUGGAAAAUCUCGAGUCCAGAGUCUCUCCGGCUUUUAGUCAGCGGUCUGUUUACGUCACCAAAGUGCGCAGGCUCUGGAUUCAGAUUGAGCAAUCAAAAAAAUUCUAAACUUUAAGAUAAAAAUAAUCCUUGGAAAUAGCCUUAAAUAAUUUCCAUCUUAUAAAGCAAAUUCUGCUCGUUUCCACUAUCAUGACAUCACUUUGUACUUGACAUUUGAAGAAUUCUGCUGUGAGCUAGUGUCAAGAAAAACGAAAUGGCUAAGGCAUGGUCAGGUUUUCCAGAUCCUAUUCUCUCUUCAUCGGAGGCUCUGGAAAACUCUGGAAAACUUCUGGUUUUCAUUGCUUUGUAGAGAUUCGUUACUUUUGCUUUUUGAAUUAUCCAAUCACACAGGUUUUCCCAUUACCUUUGAUGUGAARCUAGAAGGGUUUGAGUUUGAAUCCCAGAAACACAAAGAAAUUGGUGGACUCGUGCAGAAUGUAACAUAAUUUAAGUGUCAUGAACGUGGCACUUCAUAAAAUUCAAUUUUAUUAAAAUUCCAUAUUUUUA